UGUUGCUUAAAGCUUGCCCUCCUCCCCCUUAUCCUCUCUCUCUGUCUUUCUCUCUCACUCCCCAAACAGAAAACAACUCAGCUGCCAGCUCCCAUCUGAAAGGAAUUCCAUGCUCCACAAGAGAGUGAGAGUGAGAGAGGAGAGAGACCCACAAGGCCACCAAGUUGAUACCAUCCAGGGUCACCCACAGAUGUACUAGGACCAGAGAAAAACAAAAUAAAGAAAAAAAAAAAAAAAACACAAUUAUAUACCCUCCCUCCUAUAUGAUCAUGGAUGGUGAAACUGGGAUCCGCAGGCCAAAUUUCCCGUUACAGUUGCUAGAGAAAAAGGAAGAAGAAGCAUGCUCCACCUCCCACUACUCCUCCCUCUCCAUUCCCACCGGCGACCCAACCUCUUCUGCUCGCUCCAAUUCCAAUUCCACCGCUCUCCAACUACCUCCCGACCCACCCAAGAGCAACAACACCAAGCCACCCCCCAAGCGGAACUCCACCAAAGACAGACACACCAAAGUGGACGGCCGAGGCCGCCGGAUCCGCAUGCCCGCCGCGUGCGCCGCAAGGGUUUUCCAGCUGACAAGAGAGCUUGGCCACAAGUCCGAUGGCGAGACAAUCGAGUGGCUUCUCCAACAGGCCGAGCCAGCUGUCAUCGCCGCCACCGGUACCGGUACUAUUCCCGCCAACUUCACUUCCCUCAACAUCUCUCUUCGUAGCUCUGGGUCUACCAUAUCCGCGCCUUCUCACUUGAGGCGCGGUUAUAACUAUUUCAACAACCCUAGCGCGUUUUCCGCCAUGCCACACUUGAGGGAUAAUACAGUUGUUCUGGAUGAGUCUUCCCGGCGAAGGGCUUUGUUUCCUACUAUUGGGUUAUCCUCAUCGGAGACUUCGUCUAUGCUUUUGAAUUUCAACUCCGGCAAUGUGAAUGCAACAUUACAGGCCAAGCAAGAGUUGGUACGUGAGGCUGGCCUAGACGUUUCAGAUUCCGACGGGAGUAUAGGGAGAAAGCGUAGGCCGCCGGAGCAAGAAUACUUGUCUCAAACUCAGAUGGGUAGCUAUUUGUUACAAUCUAGUACAGCCGGGUCGAUUCCAGCUACUCACAGUACUCCAAAUCCGGCGACGUUUUGGAUGCUGACGAAUCCUAGUACCCAAGUUAUGAGCGGUGAUCCUAUGUGGACAUUUCCUUCGGGUGGUAAUAAUGCCUCUAGUGCUGCGUAUAGGGGGUCUAUGGCUAAUGGGCUGCAUUUUAUGAAUUUUUCUCCUCCGAUGGCUCUACUCCCCGGCCACCAACAAUUUGGUAGCGGAGUCGGCGGGGUUGGCGGUGGUGCGGUGACUGACAGCCAUCUAGGCGUCCUCGCAGCGCUCAAUGCCUAUAGGCCGAUUGUCGGUGCGGCGGGUGGUUUGGAUUCUCCAGGAAGUGGAGGGCAUCCGCAUCAUCAUGGAGGAGACGAUGGACGCGAUACAGCUAGUCACAACUCCUAGAUCAAUUAAAAGCCAAGUGUAUGGUUUGGUUAUUGCAUAUCUCUUUUACUGCUACUAUAGUCUAUAUAUAUAUAUAUAUAUUUCUUUCUUUUAAGUAUAUAUAUUUGCACUGGCAACACGGGCGCAAGUUUGAUUGCUUUGAAAUUGAGUUUAAUAUUUGAUUUUCGUGUGGGUUAGUGAGGAAUAUUCUUAGGGUUUGAGAAGAAAAAUAUUAACAUAUGGGUUAUGGCUAGCUAGCUAGGCUGGAUCGAUCAUUUGGUGUGACUAAAAACAUUAAUAUCUUAUCUCUUAUUAUCCAUUUUGUUU